AAAGGACGUGAAUAUGCGGCAGAAACUUCGUGGCAAGAGCAAAUCAGACAGCUGCUCCACACCUCCCCGGCCGUGACUUCUUGCCGAUCCACAUGGAUACGGCAUGCGUCAGCAAGCCGCCGCAGUCGAAGAAGGUGUGCGUCAUCGGAGCCGGCAUGGCCGGGCUGGCUGCGGCGCGCGAGCUGCGCCGGGAGGGCCACGACGUCACGGUGCUGGAGCAGAGCGGCGACGUCGGCGGGCAGUGGCUGUACGACCCGAGGACCGACGCCACCGACGCGCUCGGCGUGGCGGCGCCGGUGAAGGUGCACAGCAGCAUCUACGCCUCGCUCCGGCUCAUCAGCCCCCGGCAGACCACGGGCUUCACCGACUUCCCCUUCUGCCCCAAGAGCGGCCGCGACGGCCGCCGCUUUCCGGGCCACCGCGAGGUCCACCUGUACCUCAAGGACUUCUGCCACGCGUUCGGGCUCAUGGAGGCCGUGAGGCUCAACACCAGGGUCCUGCGCGCCUCCAUGACGCCCGCGCGUAAGUGGGCGGUGAGAUCCAUGGACCUCGGGCUCGGGGAGUGCGCUGGCGCCAACGGGAAGGAAUUGGACGCGUACGUCGACGAGGUGUUCGACGCCGUCGUGGUCGCCACCGGCCACUACUCGCAGCCAAGAUUGCCAAGCAUCAAAGGCAUGGAGACGUGGAGGGGGAGGCAGAUGCACAGCCACUCGUAUAGGGUGCCGGAGCCGUUCCGCGGCGAGGUUGUGGUGGUCGUCGGGUGCGGGGAUAGCGGCAGAGACAUCGCCAUGGAGAUCCGCGGCGUGGCAAAGGAGGUGUACAUCGUCGCCGGGUCCAUGGAGGCGGUCACCCCAGGCUUGUCCAAGGUGCUGGCCAAGCACAGCGCCAACCUCCACCUCCGGCUUGAGGUGGAGCGGCUGUGCGAGGACGGACGGGUAGUGUUCAAGGACGGUGGCGGCUCCAGCUCCAGCAUCGCCGCUGACACCGUCAUCUACUGCACAGGGUACAACUACUCGUUCCCGUUCCUGGACACGAGCGGAGCGGUGGCCGUGGACGACAACCGCGUGGGCCCACUGUUCGAGCACGUGUUCCCGCCGUCCCUGGCUCCGUCGCUCUCCUUCGUCGGCCUACUCAGGAAGGUAUUCGCGCCUCGGUCCUUCGAGGCUCAGGCUCGUUGGGUGGCCCAGGUGCUGUCUGGCAGGAGGAAGCUGCCGACGGAGGAGGAGAUGCUUCGAUUCGUGGAGGAGUUCUACCGUGCCAAGGAGAUCGCAGGCGUGCCCAGCAAGUACACCCACGAGGUCGGCUCGCUCAAGUGCUCGUACGUGGAUGAUUUCGGGGAGAAGUACUGCGACUUCCCUCGUCAGGAGAGGUGGCAGUACGAGAUGCUGAGGUCGACCGUGCACGACAUGAUGGACACGUUCGAGACCUUCCGGGACGACUACCAGGACAGCGUCUCCAUCGGCAAGGCUGUGCAGGAGUGGCAUCUCUCUUGUCUGCACAGCUCGUCCAAGGCCGGUUCUGAGGUUUCGAGGGCCGGGGCGAAACCAGAACCUGGUGCCUCUAAAUACGAACAUCAAAAUGAUAUGGAUCGAAGAGAGUAGUGGGAAUCACUAUUGUUUCAUGUAAGGAAAUCCGACAACAAGGAGGAGAAAAGCCUGACACAAAGAAAACCCAUGAAGCGUUUCCUUAGACUGUAAUAAAUGAAGCUAAGCCGGCCCAUGAGGCGAAAGACCUCCUGAGUCUGCAAAACAUCUGGAGCACA